AUGCAGAAUAACAUUCACAGUUCCUUACGGCAAAGCCAUCCUAAAAUCCGACGACUGGAUCACGUCAUCUCCAAGCUUCAAAUCAUUCACACAAUGCGUCCUGAGCGUGGACGACCGCCAUAUCGAGGUAAUGGACCUAGGCGUUGUAGCCCGUCACAUAGG